AUGGAGGUGAUCAAAUCUGAGUCCAAACUGGCCCUGGAGAAUGUGCUUGGUAUGAAGGGUGGAGAUGGAGAAUCCAGCUAUGCGAAAAGCUCUUCAGUUCAUUUAAAUAUCGUUCAAGCUAUGAAACCAAUUCUGGAGCGCGCCAUUUUUGAGAAUAUGAGAUUGAUGUCUAAUGUGGGAGGGAUAUUUAGGGUAGCAGAUUUCGGUUGUGGUACUGGGAAAAAUACUCUUGUGGUGGUAGACACCAUUGUCAAUGCUGUGAAACGCUCGUUUGAGGAACAUGAGAUGCCAGAAUUUGAGGUGUAUUUCGUCGACCUUCCUUCUAAUGAUUUCAAUUCAUUGUUUCGAAUGUUGCCUCCCCACAGACCAGACUAUGCUGAUGUUGAUAAUGAUGGUGAUAACAAUCCAUUAGCUGGAAGGUCUUAUAUUGCAGGGGCUGUGUGUGGAUCACAUUUUAGACGUCUACUCCCACGGAAAAGCCUGCAUUUCUGUCACUCUUCUCUCAGUCUUCAUUGGCUUUCACGGUUGUCUGAUGAUAAGAUAAAUCCAGAUUUCACAGCGUUUUUAAAGGCUCGGGCAGAGGAGAUGGUUGAUGGGGGAUGCAUGUUUGUAUCUCUGCCGGGUCGUAAUGAAGGAACCCACAUAAUGGAGGACCAAGGCCUAUGUGGAUUUUUUGCGCGCCACAUAGAAUGUGCGUUUGAGGAACUAGUUAAUGAGGGUAUUGUUGAAAAAGAGAAAUGGGAAUCAUUUAAGAUAACUUUUUUCGGUCUAAAUUUAGAUGAAGUAGAAAGCAUUGUGAAGAAAGAGCGUCAUUUGUAA